UCGGCCCUGAGCCCCCGCACCUGGCCUCCAUGGAUUGCCAGGCUCAGGGUGCAACGCUAGCGGGGGCAGCCCAGAGCCACAGGCAGGGCUGUGAGGGAAUUCCUGAACUCCAUUUCUUCUUACCCCAAAACUACACUGCAGGGGCGGCCGUGCACCCUGCCCAGCCCAGCAGUCAGCAUGUCCCUGUGCUGUGACCAGCCCUGCCAGGCCCCCAGCUCUCAACCACAGCCCCAUUUUGCAGAAGAUGGAAAAGGGGCCGAGCUUCAGGCCACCUGGCUAGGACCACACAGGCGAGCACGGCCCCAUCGGCUAGAGGGCAAGGGCACCAGGGUACCCAGAAAGGACCAGCUUCAGGGCCAGGCCACCUGCUCCUCAGAAGCCACCCCAAUCCUAUCCCCACAGAGGGUGUGGUCUCCGUCAACACUGGGAGCUGCUCUAGGACAGGCACCCAACAAGACCACGGCCAAAAUUCCACAGCCCCAGCCAGCAACACAGGAAAAACCGACUCAUCUCCGCCCUCCCCACGCCCACACUCGGCCCAGAUCCUCCCCACGCCCACACUUGGCCCAGAUCUUCCCCACGGUCACACUCGGCCCAGAUCCCCCCCACAGUCACACUCGGCCCAGAUCCUCCCCACAGUCACACUCGGCCCAGAUCCCCCCCACGGUCACACUCGGCCCAGAUCCCCCCCACAGUCACACUCGGCCCAGAUCCUCCCCACGGUCACACUCGGCCCAGAUCCUCCCCACGCCCACACUCGGCCCAGAUCCUCCCCACAGUCACACUCGGCCCAGAUCCCCCCCACGGUCACACUCAGCCCAGAUCCCCCCCACGGUCACACUCGGCCCAGAUCCUCCCCACGCCCACACUCGGCCCAGAUCCCCCUCACGGUCACACUCGGCCCAGAUCCUCCCCACGCCCACACUCGGCCCAGAUCCUCCCCACAGUCACACUCGGCCCAGAUCCUCCCCACGCCCACACUCGGCCCAGAUCCUCCCCACGCCCACACUCGGCCCAGAUCCUCCCCACGCCCACACUCGGCCCAGAUCCCCCCACAGUCACACUCGGCCCAGAUCCUCCCCACGGUCACACUCGGCCCAGAUCCUCCCCACGCCCACACUCGGCCCAGAUCCUCCCCACGGUCACACUCGGCCCAGAUCCCCCCCACGGUCACACUCGGCCCAGAUCCUCCCCACGGUCACACUCGGCCCAGAUCCUCCCCACGCCCACACUCGGCCCAGAUCCUCCCCACGGUCACACUCGGCCCAGAUCCUCCCCACGGUCACACUCGGCCCAGAUCCUCCCCACGCCCACACUCGGCCCAGAUCCUCCCCACGCCCACACUCGGCCCAGAUCCUCCCCACGGUCACACUCGGCCAGAUCCUCCCCACGGUCACACUCGGCCCAGAUCCUCCCCACGGUCACACUCGGCCCAGAUCCUCCCCACGGUCACACUCGGCCCAGAUCCUCCCCACGGUCACACUCGGCCCAGUUCCUCCCCACGCCCACACUCGGCCCAGAUCCUCCCCACGCCCACACUCGGCCCAGAUCCUCCCCACGGUCACACUCGGCCCAGAUCCUCCCCACGGUCACACUCGGCCCAGAUCCUCCCCACGGUCACACUCGGCCCAGAUCCUCCCCACGCCCACACUCGGCCCAGAUCCUCCCCACGGUCACACUCGGCCCAGAUCCUCCCCACGGUCACACUCGGCCCAGAUCCUCCCCACGGUCACACUCGGCCCAGAUCCUCCCCACGGUCACACUCGGCCCAGAUCCUCCCCACGGUCACACUCGGCCCAGAUCCUCCCCACAGAGGGGCCUGCCUUUAGCGAGAAGUCGGAAGACCAGCCCCAGCUGCUGCCAUCUCUGCCUCCUGCACCCCCCUCCUGCCCCCGAGAGCUAGCCCGGCGGGGAACGCGCAGGUCCGUACCAGCCUCUCCCUGCUGACGAUGAGCAGCCCGCGUGCUCCGCUGCCCUGGGCCAGCCUCACUUUCUCAUAGAAGGUGCAGUUCCCCCGCGCCA